CUCCAAAAAUCGCAUCACAUGUAUGUCAUCUUAGCCAAUUUUCAAGGAAAAGUUAAUUUAUUAAUUAGUAAUGAUGAUUAAAGAGUUUAAUUAUAGGAAAUUGAUCAUGAGUAUAAAAAUUUUAUCAGCAAUAUUAUUAUCCCUGAGAGAAAGUAUGCUUCUGUUGUGGAUUGCCACUAACAUCUCAAAGCAUUGGUCUUGUUUUUCUUGAUUUAAUUAAUCAAUCAUUGUGUCACCGUCCCAUACCUCACCCCAACGGCUACUUCGAGAAACAAGAAAGGGACUUCAACAAAAAUGGAGAAAUCCAAUAGCAGAGAACCUUGCUUUUGCUUUGCUAUAAAUAGGGCCAACCUCUCUUCCCUAGCUUGUCAACCACAAAUCAAAGUGCAAACAUAGUCUCUUUUGCUACUUUUUCAUUAGUCGUCUGAUCUCUUUCUCGUUCAUUAGUCAUCACUUCAAUGGCAAUUCCGACGAUUGAUUUCUCUAAGCUCAAUGGUAAGGAGAGGGCCAAGACAUUGGCUCACAUUGCAAAUGCAUGCGAGGAAUGGGGGUUUUUUCAGCUGGUGAACCAUGGGAUUCCUGAGGAGCUGCUGGACAGGGUAAAGAAGGUUUCAUCCGAGUUCUAUGAGAUGGAAAGGGAAGAGAAUUUCAAGAACUCAAAGGUGGUGAAUCUCUUGGAUGAGAUUGGUGAAAGUUUGGAGAGUUUGGACUGGGAGGAUGUCAUUACUUUCUUGGACGAUAAUGAGUGGCCAUCCGGAACACCUGGAUUCCAGGAAACCAUGAAGGAAUAUGGAUUUCAGUUAAAGAAAUUGGCUGAAAAAGUCAUGGAAGUAAUGGAUGAAAACUUAGGCUUACCAAAGGGAUACAUCAAGAUGGCAUUCAACGAUGGAGAAGGUGAGAAUGCCUUCUUUGGCACCAAGGUUAGCCACUACCCACCAUGUCCUCACCCUGAGAGAGUGAAUGGUCUUCGAGCUUACACUAAUGCAGGCGGUGUGAUCUUACUCUUCCAAGAUGACAAAGUAGGAGGCCUUCAAAUCCUGAAAGAUGGGCAAUGGAUUGAUGUUCAGCCCUUGCCAAACACGAUUGUCAUCAACACUGGUGAUCAGAUAGAGGUCCUAAGCAAUGGCCGGUACAAGAGUACUUGGCACCGUGUUUUGAGCUCCACUGAGGGGAAUAGGAGAUCAAUUGCUUCAUUUUACAAUCCAUCCCUUAAGGCCACCAUAGCUCCUGCACCACAGCUGGUUGAGAAAACACACCAAGAAGUGGAACAAAUUUAUCCCAGGUUUGUUUUUGGUGACUACAUAUCUGUUUAUGUUCAGCAAAAGUUCCUGCCUAAAGAACCAAGGUUCCAAGCUGUAAGGGCCAUGUAG